CUCUCCGCUCGGUUUCCUGCUUUCUCCCUCUCUCCCUCUCGCUCUCUCUCUCUGACAGACUCCGUGUCGCCGUCGGCCGCACAGAUUUGCUAACGUGACCCGUGUUUGAGCCCCUCUGCCCCGCUGCGAGGGGUCAGCUGAUCUCCGCAGCAGAGGAGCAGCGCGUGCAGCGGAGGAGCCGACCUCUGCACGCGCUGCUCCUCCGCUCCUCUCUCACUCUCUCCCCCAUGCUAACACCAGCUAGCCCCCGCUGCUCACUGUGAUAAACAAGAUGGCCACUGGCUAACUGCUAAGCUAACUAGACAUGGCACCUUGCCCUGUCUUUGUAUGCCUUGAAAAGCUGUAAAUGCAUCUCGCUGCUCUGCUCGGUGGCACGGCUGAGUUUCCUCUCGCCGGAGCAUGAAGUUGUUGUGCAGGAAUCAGAUCACAUGAGAGAGGAGAAGAAGAAGAAUCAGCGCCGGAUUGUUGCAGGCAGUUUGUGCAGAGGUUGCGUGGCGAGUUGAGAAAGGCUACCUGAGUGUUAGAGAGACAGGUUGGUCCCAGUCAGGUGUGGGUGCUGAAAACAGAACGAGUCAUUGUUGGAUUCCCAGAGGAGACCCUCAGGGACACGCCCCCUACCUGCUGGCCCCUCCUCUUUCAGGACAGGUAGAUUUCAGCCUCAGCAGCAGAGGGGAGUGGGAAGAAGGUGAGGAGGAGGAGGAGGAGGAGGAGGAGUGGAUAACCUCAGCAAUACUUGAGGUGUUGAAUCGGAGUGAGGUGAGGAGGAGUAGCUCAGCCCCUCACCAUGACAGACUUAGAGACUGAGUGUUUGAGUCUGGGGUUACCCCCCGAGUGCACCCCUGCCCCCCCGCCUCUGGAGGCCUCUCUGCAGGUGGACUGUGGCCCGGGGCCUGGCGCUUCGGCCCCGGCGCUGGCCCUCCUAUCCUCCGACUGCCCCACGCCAACGCUCAGCUCGCUGGCGGCGGAGAUCGCCGAGCCGCUGGUGAUGCUGCCGUGCGUGAAGAGCGAGCCGGAGGACGUAGACCUGGAGCCCAUCCGGACCGUCGACCUGUCGGAGAUCCAGCCGCUAUCCACCGCCGAGCUGGGCCAGGACCAGAUCAAGAUGGAGAUCAGCGGCCUGGACUACAUCAAAUCCGAGCAUCACGGUCACCACGGCAACCACCACCUGGGCCCGUUCCACCACAGCGACGCCACAGAGCUGGAAUACAAGUCACACUAUGAGCCCAGCUCGGUGUUUGACUACAUCUCUCAGGUGACGGACACGCUGGAGUACAUUAAGUCUGACCACCACGUGGACCUGCAGUGCUACUACACACAGCUGGGCGCGCUGAAGUCCGAGUACCCAGAAUGCCACGCCAUGUCCGGCCACCUGCAGCACAACAGCCUGGAGUCCAUCCACAUGGCGGAGCUUCGCACCGAGCUCAACAAGCUGCGACCCGACGCCCUGCUGAUGGAUGGCGCCGUCAAACUGGACCCUGAGUUUGAAGGCGGGGCGUUGUACGAGCUGCAGCCGGCCGAGCUGGGCAAGAUGGCUCACGGGUCCGGGCAGGGAGGCGGGAGUCUGGUCGUCUCAACCAAAUCACAAAACCCGACGGCGAGGAAGCCGCGAAACAUGCAGGGCGACAAACCGUUCUCCUGCACCCAGUGCGGCAAGAACUUCAGCACGCUGGGAAACCUCAAAACACACCAACGCAUCCACACGGGCGAGCGGCCGUACACCUGCUCUCAGUGCGGCAAGAGCUUCGGCCAGGCCGGCAACCUCAAACGCCACCAGCUGAUCCAUACGGGCCAGAAACCGUACGUGUGCGCGCACUGCCCCAAAGGCUUCACCAAGGCGGACGACCUGCGAUCUCACCAGCGGCUGCACACGGGCGAGCGGCCGUUCAUCUGCGUCACCUGCGGGAAGAGCUUCAGCCAAUCAAAGGAGCUGAAAGCUCACCAGCUGAGCCACACGGGCGAGCGGCCGUUCUGCUGCCAGCACUGCGGCAAGAGUUUCACCAAGGAGACCAGCUACCACAACCACGUGCAGAUCCACACGGGAGAGAAGCCCUUCACCUGCUCGCAGUGCGGCAAGACUUUCAGCAACUCCGGCGUUUUAAAGACCCACGAGAAGAUCCACUCGGGCGAGCGGCCGUUCGGCUGCACGCAGUGCGGCAAGAGCUUCGGCCGCCUCGGCCACCUGAAGGCUCACCAGCAGAUCCACACGGGGGAGCGGCCGUUCGCCUGCCCCCACUGCGGAAAGUCUUUCAGCCAGUCGGGUCACCUCAAAGCACACGAGCAGAUCCACAAACGAGAGCGAUCGGACACGGCGAGCACCAGCAGCAGCAACGGAGGCGGCAGCAGCAGCGUGGGAAGUGACAGUAGCUAAAACAGACUCCACACCCUUUAACCUCCCGGAACAACAAAGUAUUAUUCCUCUUUUCUAUAAAUACUAUAUAUGAAUUUCUUUCCUUAUGAAUUUUCUUACAUUUUCAUACCUUUUGUGCUCUUUUGCAUAUAUAUAUAUAUAUAUAUAUAUAUAUACAUAUAUGUUUAUGUAUAUAUAUAUGGGACUCUGACUGAUUUGCUCUUAUGCAAGUGUCUGUCUGUGUGUGUGUGUGUGUGUGUGUGUGUGUGCGUGUGUCUGUCUGUGUGUGUAUGUGUGUAUGUGUGUGUAUGUGUGUGUCGGGGGGGCUUGUAGAUAAUCUGUCUGUACUGUUCUGAGUGUUGAGUUUCAUCUGAGGUAUACAUUCUGAUACAGAGCACAAGUACUUCAGGACCAAGUUUGAGUACUUCAUAUUUUUGUAAAGAAUCAGACCAGCAGCUCGGGCCACUCGGGCCACUCGGGGCCACUCGGGGCCACUCGGGCCACUCGGGGCCCCGCCUCCUGAUAACAAUCCAUCAUACAAGUUUUUUAAACGCUCCUAAAUCUAAACACGAGUUUCCCAAAGCAGCGAGACGAACACACGUUUAGCUCUGUAUUAAAAUACAUUAAGAAAGUGAAAACGUUGUAAAUGACACAAACGUUUUUAUAUACAUCAGAAAAAAGAAAGUAAACAAUCAAUUAAAGUUAUAAUCCUUAAGAUUUCAGUCUGUGGUUACCUUGGCAACAGCAGUUGUAGUUUAAAACUACAUUAAACCUUUAGAAAUAUAACAGCAGACGAAACAAACCCAACAAACUGAUAAUUGUAGAUUUGCUUGUUAUGACUGUCGAUGUUUCCUGUGGCUGCUUCAUAAUAAAAGCUUAUUUUAAUUUGAAGCAGCAUCAGUAGGAAGUGCUGUGUUUGUACAGCUGCAGGACAGAGAACAGGAAACACAUUGAGAUCAAACAACUCAUCGAUUAAUCGAUAAAUAAUUCUUAGUUGCAACCUUAAAUAGGUUUGUCUCUAUAAAUUGCUGUUCAAGCUCAUGGUGACGUUUUCAAAUGUCUAAAAUACAAAGAUACUCAAAUUCUAAAGUUUAUCGUCAUUUUGGACAAGAGCUUAAAAUCAUCACAUUUGAAAAGAUUCAAGCAACAAAUUUUUGGUAUUUUGCUUAAAAAUAUAAUUAUUCAAUUAUCAAAAUAGUUGUCAAUUAAUUUUCUGUCAAUCAGCAAAUCGAUUGGUCGACUAAUCGUUGCAGCUUCAUCUGCAUCAGACAUAUGAAGACAGCAUUUUAUGGACCAAACAACCAGUCGAUUAAUUGAGGAAAUAAUUGACAGAUUAAUCGAUAAUGACAAUAAUUAACUGUACUGUAAAUGUUCAAAAACAGGGUUUGAGUUAUAAAGAUUAUAACCUUAUGAAAGUCAGUGUUCGAUGUUUAAAAAUGAACAAAACUUUGAGUGAAACAUGUUUUAGUUCCUGCAGCUUCAGAACCUCGAAGCUCGUUAAUCUACUUUUUUUUUCUUUUUUCUGCGAGCGUCUGAAGUUACGAUGCUUUUGGGAAACACAGUUGAUGAUCAUGUUUGCCUUAAGAUGCUUUUCAGGACGCGGGGUCCUGGUUCACUCUGCAGUAAAGAGAACUUUCAGUCUUUUGCCAACCAGUGUGAGGACUUAACUUUGAGCCAGUUUACUAGUGUUUUACUUACAGCUGUGGCUGCUUACACAUCUGUUACUGUACUGUUAAGAAUCUGGUAUUAUUUUGGAGGGAUGUCCCGAUCUGAUCUCAAAGAUCAAUGCCGGGGCCGAUCAAGGCAUUUCAUAACUGAUCGGCAUCAGCUAGCAGCGAGAACCUGAAGAACACAGAAGCCUAAUCUGUACUCUGGCAGACCUGUCGCUGUGAUAUCUGCAGUGUGGAGAUAUGUUAAAAUGGAAACCAAAGCAGUCCAACAUCCACCUGUACGUGGAGCAUUUUGCACGGCGGUAGUACCAGAGCUGCGUUCAGUGCUACCAAUGUGAGGCAGCACUUAACCCUUCGUAGGUCUUCUCAGUUGUUGGUCACAUCUGGUCAAAAGCAAAAUCCUUUAAACCCAAAUGUUCAAGGCAAGAUUUACCACUUUGUUGAGGCAUGUAAUGCACAAAACGACCAUUAGAUGGCGACAUGGUUGCUAGAAAACAGGCCUUGCUAGUGUACAAGCAACUAAGAAAAACACAAGCCCAACAUCACUGCUGACAUGAUGAUGAUCCUGCUGGAGACAUUUAUGAAGCUGAGUUUAACGCUUACAUACUGUUCAGGUUCAGAUGUGACUCAUUGUUCACAUUUGUGAGCUGUAACUGGAUUUUUCCACAGUUUACAAAAAUGGAAAAAAAAAUGCAUCUUUUUAAAAUGUUUGUGCAGCUUAUACACAUUUUUAUAUACAAGUUUAUACCUGUUUAUUUAAAAAAAUUAAUUAAAAAAAAAAGUGAUUGUGAAUCAUAUUUUUUUAAUCAAACAUUUAUUAAUGACUGAUGGAGAGUUUAUGAAUGUGAAUUGGUGUCGAGACUAAUUAUGAGUCAGAAUAUGAACAGUAUGUAAAGGGUUAAUUUUUUAAGGGUUUAUUGACAAAAGUUUUGAACAAAAAAAAAAACAAACAAGUGCAACCAUUUGGCAGAGGUCUGUAAAAAAAACAUAACAUUUGGGGUCCAUAAGAAAAGAUAUCCAUGUUUUAUGUUGCCAUGGCUCCCAAAGAGGAAGGAAAAGCAAAGAAAUUCAAUGUUUUCUCAGUGUGACCUACAAAGGGUUAAAAAAUAAACACUCAGAGUUAACUCAGGUAACUUUUAUAAAGAGAGAAGUUUCCUGGAGGCAGUAACGGACCGCUCUGCUCUAUCACCACACUUCACACACUGUGGGAUGCAGGCAGUUUACUUUCUUAUUGCAUUACAGCGAUACUCAGCUGUCAAUCAUUUACAUUGGAUUGAUUUUAAUAACUUUAACCUCCUGAGACCUGAGCUUUUGUUUGGUAUGCAUUUUUAAUUUCUCCUAGAUAUUUGGGUUUAGUACGACCUGAUGAAUACAAAAAGUGUAUAAAACUAUUUCUUUCCUUACAUUUACACUUUCCCUUUGCACAAACGAUAAUUACGUCCCAAUGUCAAUCAAACUACAAAUGUUAUUAAGCAUAAAUAAACAGGUUUCAACCAUGAUACAGUUUUGUACCUGCUCCACUUUAAUCUGGGGAUCAGCUGUUGAUUGACUUCACCAAUGGAGCUUUUCCACUAUACAGUUCUAGCUCUACUCGACUCGGUUUGGUACCAGGAACCAUUCCCAUUACUAUAGUUCCUUCUCAACGUGAGCGGGGUCGUCAUAGCAACGCAAACACAUAAACAAUGCAGGACAUGGAGGCGAUGGUGUACUUGCUGCUGUAUGAGGCUUUCUGUCUCACACAAAGCAAGAGAAGAGAAAGCAAUCUCUGUAACGCUGUUGUUGGUAUUUAAAAAUGCCGGGUUUGAUUCUUGUGAGGGACGGCUCAUGACUCUUCCAGUGACUCUCUGACCAAUCAGAGGCCGGCAGUCUGUUGACGUCACAUUUAGUAUCGGCUCGGCUCACUUGCAACCAGAUACUAAAAAAGUACCAGGUACCAGGUACUAUCCCUGAUGGAGUCGAGUCGAGUAGAGCUAGAACUGUGUAGUGGAAAAGCCCCACAAGAGGCCUGCCAUCUCGUUUACAGUGUAAUGUGCUUUUUCUACCACUAGGUGGCACAAAAACUUGUGUACGAACGAGGACAACAGGUCAAAGUUCAGCAGAAUGAAGCUCCAGCAAACCCAGAAUGUAAAGUCCUGAUAUGAGGAUGCAGAGUCGCAGGAGGUUAAUGUGGUUGAAGUGAGGAACAUAUCGGUAUCAGAUCAGACGUUGGGUCAGCAGAUCGGGGCAAAAACAAGCUUGAUCGGGACAUCCUUGUUGUUAUUUUGUAUUGAUCAGUAUUGUUUGAUCAGGUCACACAACAGUGAUUUUUUUAUUUCUUUUUAUUUCUUUUCUUGAGAUGAUAAUCAGCUGAGACAUUCCUUCGGUUCACAAUCCGCCGACUCAGUUUUUAGUAUCAGGACCAAACGCAUCAGCACAAUUAAACCCCCCCAAUGCCCCCCCCCCCCCUUCCCUUCCCCCGUCCAGAUCGCUCACUGUGUACAAAUCUUCUAUUGAUAAUGUCAUUCUUAAAAAAACAAAAAAAAACAAACAAAAAAAACAAACUUUAAUAAAAAAAUAAAUAAAAUGAACAGCAGCAAAAAAGACAAAACGUGAUGCAGCAUCUUGUACUGGAAAAUGACUUAUUA